AUGAUCAGUGUACGUUCGACAAGUGGGGUGCUGGUGGCUCGCAGAUGUUUUGGGACCCGCUCGGUUCUUCUGAGUAACCCAAGGUCACCUCUGCAGAUCUUCAGAGAGACAUUUAAGAAAGAGUGGGAGAAGUCGCAGGAGUUGCAGGACAAUAUCAAGACUUUACAGGAUGCCUCUGGUAGACUUGGUGAGUCUGAAGCAUACAAGAAAGCUCGUGAGGCGUACUUGAAAGCGUCGAAGGGCAGUCAAACCAUUGUCGGCAAAACUUUGCAGAAGACGGGUGAAACGGUGGAGGAGCUGGCGACUAAAGCCUGGGAUUCCGACAUUGCAAAGACUACAAGAGUUGUCGCAUCUAAGACCGCCAAGAAACUGGACGAGAGCUUCGAGCCUGUCAGACAGACAAAGAUAUACAAGGAUGUCAGCGAGGUCAUCGAUGAUGGUGACAGUUCCAGUUACGGUGGUUUCAUUACUAAAGAACAGAGAAGGUUGAAGCGUGAGAAAGAUCUAGCCUCGGGUAAAAGAGUUCGUGCUGUAAAGAGCAAUGAUGAAGCGGGAUCUGCAUUGGUUGCUACAGAUAUUGAAGCUAAGGAAUCAUUGGGCAAGAAAAUCGAGGAUUUCAAAGAGAAGACGCCAGUCGGUCGUACUUUGAAGAGUGUUAAGGUUAGCCUAUGGGAUGAAAGUGAAAACCCAUUGAUUGUUUUCUUGAGAAAGAUCACCGGUAAGAUUGGCGGUUUCUUUGCAGAAACUGAAUCCGCUCGUGUUUACAAGCAAUUCAAGAUGGUUGACCCAACAUUCACCAAUAUCGGCUUUACAAAACACUUGAGAGACUAUAUUGUGCCAGAAGUUCUUGAAGCCUAUGUCAAAGGUGAUGAAAAAGUGUUGAAGAAGUGGUUCAGUGAGGCCCCAUUUAACGUUUACAACGCCCAGCAGAAGAUUUUCAAGAAGCAAGAGCUUUUCUCCGAUGGUAAAAUUUUAGAUAUCAGAGGUGUGGAAGUUGUCAGUGCAAAGCUAUUGCAACCACAAGAUAUUCCUGUUCUUGUUGUGGGUUGCAGAGCUCAAGAAAUUCACUUGUACAGGAAGGCUAAAACUGGUGAAAUUGCAGCUGGUGAUGAAUCCAAUAUUUUGAUGUCUUCUUAUGCGAUGGUUUUCACCAGAGACCCAGAACAAAUCGAUGAUGAUGAAACUGAAGGCUGGAAGAUCCUAGAGUUCAUUCGUGGUAGCUCCAGACCUUUCAACUGA